AUGUUCGAUCAAGUGCCUCCUCAAUACCACAGGCCAUUGGCAACUUUGAUGGGAUUCAAUCGAUCGGAGCUUAGUCCGUCCGCCCAGACCAACGCUCCAAAGAUUGAUAACCGAACACUCAUCUGUUGUGAAAAGGUGGUCAAUCCAUUUCCACAAUAUGCACGAAAAAAAUCCCUCACAAAGUGCAUGCGAAUAUACAUCCUGAGAACCUACACCGAGUACGCCGUGCGGGGAGGAGGACAUAGACAGGAACUGGCCAGCCAGCCUCGGCUGGCCUGA